GAGGGUCCCAGCUUCCUGCCGGGUUGAGGCUGCUCCCCGGGCGCUGCCCUCUGCCACAGGGCUGGGGUCAGGACGGCGCUGGGCUCGAGGUGCCCAUCGGCGAGGCGCGCGCCCCCGGGCGGGUUGACAGACUCCAGAAGCGCUCCCUGAACAAAGACCGGGUGGGAGGCGGCCUGGUGUGUCCCCUCCCCGCCUCCCCCAGCGCCUGCGGAGCUGCGACCACAGACAGCGAGGCGGAGCGAGCAUGGCGGGGCCCCGGGCCGCUCCGCUGCCCCUCGUCCUGCAGCUCAUCAGCCUGGCCCUGGUCUCGGCGACCGGCGGAGGUGGGGUCAUCCUCAGGGAGCCCCCUGAGCUUGCUGACAUCCACGACAACGGGCCGCAGGGGCCUGCCCUCGCCUCGGCCCCUGCUGGGGCCCUCCAGGAGCAGGGGCGCCCCCUGGAGGAACGGCUGGGAAGGCUGGAGGCCCAGAUGACGACGCUCAGAGAGCAGAACAAGGAGCUGCAGGCGAGGGUGAGGCGGCUGGAGUCCUGUGAAUGCCGCCCCGCUUCUGCCCAGUGCUGGGGACUGGGGCGGGCCUGGCCCGAGGGUGCUCGCUGGGAGCCCGACACCUGCACAGCCUGUGUCUGCCGGGACAGGGCUGUGCACUGUGAGCCCAAGCCUGGCCUGCCCCAUUGCCAUGGCUGCAGCCACAAUGGUCAGGCCUAUGGCCACGGGGAGACCUUCUCCCCAGACGCCUGCACCACCUGCCACUGCUUGGGAGGGGCCAUAACCUGUACCCAGAAGCUGUGCCCAAGGGGACCCUGUCCAGAGCCGGGAGCAUGCUGUCCACACUGUGAGCCAGGCUGUGAAUAUGAGGGGCAGUCCUAUGAAGAGGGGGCCAACUUCCUGUCCAGCUCCAACCCUUGUCUCCAAUGCUCCUGCCUGAGCGGCCUGGUUCGCUGUGUGCCCAUGAAGUGUCCGCCCAGCCCCUGCCCUGAGCCGGUCCCAAGGCCUGGGCGCUGCUGCCCGACCUGCCAAGGCUGCACGGAAGGUGGCUCUUACUGGGAGCAUGGCCAAGAGUGGACGGCUCCUGGGGACCCAUGCCGGAUCUGCCAGUGCCUGGAGGGCCACGUUCAGUGCCGCCAGCAAGAGUGCACCAGCCUGUGCCCGUACCCUGCGCGGCCCCUGCCAGGCACCUGCUGCCCGCUGUGUGAUGGCUGUUUCCUAAAUGGGCGGGAGUACCGCAGCGGAGAGCCGGUGGGCUCUGGGGACCCCUGCUCGCACUGUCGCUGCGCUAACGGGAGCGUCCAGUGUGAGCCUCUGCCCUGCCCUCCUGUGCCCUGCAGACACCCAGGCAGGAUCCCUGGGCAGUGCUGCCCAGUGUGUGACGGCUGUGAGUACCAGGGACACCAGUAUCAGAGUGAGGAGACCUUUAGACUCCAAGAGAUUGGGCGCUGCAUCCGCUGCUCCUGCCAGGCCGGCGAGGUCUCCUGUGAGGAGCAGGAGUGCCCGGUUGCCCCCUGCACGCUGCCUGCCUCUGGCCCCCAGCUCUGCCCAGCCUGUGUGCUCGAUGGAGAGGAGUUUGCCGAGGGGGUCCAGUGGGAGCCUGAUGGUCAGCCCUGCACGGCCUGCGCCUGUCACGAUGGCGUGCCCAUGUGUGGGGCGGUGCUCUGCUCCCCAGCCCCCUGCCAGCACCCUACCCAGACCCCAGGCGCCUGCUGCCCCAGCUGUGAGAGCUGCACCUACCAGGGCCAAGUGUAUGCCAACGGGCAGAACUUCACAGACGCAGAUAGCCCUUGCCACGCCUGCCGCUGCGAGGAGGGGACUGUGAGGUGCUCCUUGGUUGACUGCCCUCCCACAACUUGUGCCAGGCCCCAGAGUGGACCCGGCCAGUGCUGUCCCAGGUGCCCAGACUGCAUCCUGGAGGAACGAGUGUUCGUGGAUGGCGAGAGCUUCUCCCACCCCCGAGACCCCUGCCAGGAGUGCCAGUGUCGGGAAGGCCAUGCCCAUUGCCAGCCUCGGGCCUGCCCCAGGGCCCCCUGUGCCCACCCGCUGCCUGGUCCCUGCUGCCAGAACGACUGCAAUGGCUGUGCCUUUGGUGGGAAAGAGUACCCCAACGGAGCGGACUUCCCUCACCCCUCCGACCCCUGCCGGCAGUGUCGCUGUCUGAGCGGCAGCGUGCAGUGCCUCGCCCGCCGCUGCCCGCCGCUGCCCUGUCCCGAGCCGCUCCUGCUGCCCGAAGAGUGCUGCCCGCAGUGCCCCGCCGCCGCCUCGGGCUGCCCGCGGCCGGGCGGCGGGGUCCCGGCCCGCCACCUGGAGCAUUUCUCCCUGCCCGACGACCCCUGCCGCCGCUGCCUCUGCCUCCACGGCUCCGCGUCCUGCCAGCGGCUGCCCUGCCCGCCUGCGCCCUGCGCCCACCCGCGCCAGGGGCCGUGCUGCCCCUCCUGCGCCGGCUGCCUGUACCAGGGGAAGGAGUUUGCCAGCGGGGAGCGCUUCCCUGCGCCCAGUGCCGCGUGCCACGUCUGCCUCUGCUGGGAGGGCAGCGUCAGCUGCGAACCCAGGGCCUGUGCACCUGCUCAGUGCCCCUUUCCCGCCAGGGGUGAUUGCUGCCCUGCCUGUGACGGUUGUGAGUAUCUAGGGGAGUCCUACCUGAGCAGCCAAGAGUUCCCGGAUCCCCGAGAGCCCUGCAAUCUGUGUACCUGCCUCGGAGGCUUCGUGACGUGUGGCCGCCGGCCCUGCGAGCCUCUAGGCUGCAGCCUCCCACUUACCCCGGCUGGACACUGCUGCCCUACCUGCCAGGGAUGCCUCUAUCAUGGGGUCGCUGCAGCCCCCGGAGAGACCCUUCCUGAUCCACUUGACCCCGGCUGCUCCCUCUGCACCUGCCAGGAAGGUUCCAUGCACUGCCAGAAGAAGCCAUGUCCUCCAGCUCUCUGCCCCCAUCCCUCUCCAGGACCCUGCUUCUGCCCUGUUUGCCACGGCUGCCUCUCCCAGGGCCGGGAGCACAGGGACGGGGAAGAGUUUGAGGGGCCCCCAGGCAGCUGUGAGUGGUGUCGUUGUCAGGCUGGCCAGGUCAGCUGUGUGCAGCUGCCAUGCCCUCCGCUGUCCUGCCCGCUCCAGGUCACGGAGCAGGCCAGGUGCUGCCCUCGCUGCAGAGGUUGCCUGGCCGAUGGGGAGGAGCACUCUGAAGGCAGUAGCUGGGUGCACCCCCAAAGCCCCUGCUCCUCCUGCAUGUGCCAUGAGGGCAUCGUGACCUGUGCUCACAUCCAGUGUGUCAUCGCCUGUGCCCGGCCCCACCAGGGGCUCAACGACUGCUGCCCUCGAUGCUCUGACUGUGAGCAUGAGGGCCGCAAGUAUGAACCCGGGGAGAGCUUCCAGCCUGGGGCAGACCCGUGUGAAGUGUGCAUCUGUGAGCUGCAGCCUGAGGGACCCCCCAGCAUUCAGUGUCACCGGCGGCAGUGUCCAAGCCUGGUGGGCUGUCCCACCAGCCAGCUCCUGCCCCCUGGGCCCCAGCACUGCUGCCCCACCUGUGCCCAGGCGCUGAGUAACUGCACAGAAGGCCUGCUGGGCUCCGAGCUGGCCCCGCCCGACCCUUGCUACACCUGCAGGUGCCGGGACCUGACAUGGCUCUGCAUUCACCGGGCCUGUCCGGAGCUCAGCUGUCCCCCAUCAGAGCGCCAUACCCCCCCUGGGAGCUGCUGCCCCGUGUGCCGAGAAUGCGUGGUGGAGGCUGAGGGCCGGAGCGUGGCAGAUGGAGAGAGCUGGCAGGACCCUAGCAAUGCUUGCCUUACUUGCACCUGCCAUCGGGGCCACGUGCAGUGCGACCUGGAGGAGUGCCCCGCCCUCUCCUGCCCCCACGGCUGGGCGAAGGUGCGAGAGGCCGGCCGCUGCUGUGAGCGAUGCCAAGCCCCCGCCCAGUCGUGCGCGCACCAGGGCCGGGCGGUGGCCUCCGGGGAGCGCUGGGCCGUGGACGUUUGCACCACCUGCUCCUGCGUGGCCGGCACGGUGCGCUGCCAGAGCCAGCGCUGCCCGCCGCUCUCCUGUGGCCCCGACGAGGCCCCCGCCCUGAGUCCCGGCAGCUGCUGCCCCCGCUGCCUGCCUCGCCCCGCCUCCUGCACGGCCUUCGGAGACCCUCAUUACCGCACCUUCGACGGCCGCCUGCUGCACUUCCAAGGCAGCUGCAGCUACGUGCUGGCCAAGGACUGCCGCGGAGCGGACUUCAGCGUGCACGUGACCAACGAUAACCGGGGCCGGAGGGGUGUGGCCUGGACCCAGGAGGUGGCGGUGCUGCUCGGAGACGUGGUCGUGCGGCUGCUGCAGGGCAGAGCGGUCACGGUGGACGGGCGCCCGGUGGCCUUGCCCUUCCUACAGGAGCCGCUGCUGUACGUGGAGCUGCAGCGACGCGCGGUGAUCGUGCACGCCCAGCCGGGGCUCCAGGUGCUGUGGGACGGGCAGUCUCAGGUGGAGGUGAGCGUGCCUGGCUCCUACCGGGGCCAGAUGUGUGGGCUGUGUGGGAACUUCAAUGGCUUUGCCCAGGAUGAUCUGCAGGGCCCUGAGGGGUUGCUCCUGCCCACAGAGGCUGCCUUUGGGAAUAGCUGGCAGGUCCCAGAAGGGCCGGGACCUAGCCGGCCAUGUUCCAAGGGCCGCGAGGUGGAUCCGUGCAGGGCAGCGGGUUACCGAGCCAGGCGUGAGGCCAAUGCCCGGUGUGGGGUGCUGACGUCCUCCCCGUUCAGCCGCUGCCAUGCUGUGGUGCCGCCGGAGCCCUUCUUUGCCGCCUGCGUGUAUGACCUGUGUGCCUGUGGCCCCGGCUCCUUGGCUGAUGCCUGCCUCUGCGACGCCCUGGAGGCCUAUGCUGGCCACUGCCGCCGGGCGGGGGUGACGCCUGCCUGGCGGGGCCCCACACUCUGCGCGGUGGGCUGUGCCCUGGACCGCGGCUUCGUGUUCGAUGAGUGUGGCCCGCCCUGCCCCCGCACCUGCUUCAACCAGCACGUCCCCCCAGGGGAGCUGGCAGCCCACUGUGUGAGGCCCUGUGUUCCUGGCUGCCAGUGCCCUGCAGGCCUGGUGGAGCACGAGGCCCACUGUGUCUCACCCGAGGCCUGCCCCCCCAUCCAACUCACUGGGGACCAGCCCCCCAGACCUCUGCCCGGCCCCAGCCAGUAGCCUCAGGGGGCACCCGGAGCCAGGAUGACACCAGGACUCAUCGGGUCAAAAGCGUCCCCUUAGAGAACGGCUCCCGCCGUGGCCAGAGCCGUGGAAAGAGUGCCCUACCCAGGCACCGGGAGCCUGGGCCUUUGUCCCACAAAGACCUCACUGUGUUCAGUCAGAAGCAGUAAAACUGGGGGCUCUCCCACAGCAUACUUGUGUGUAUGUGUGUUUUCUCCUGGUGCUGGGAUGGUGGCGUGGGCUGCUUGGAACAUGGGGUCCAGUGGUUCGGUGUCCCCAGCUGUGGGAGCUGAGCCCUGGAUCUUGCUCAUCACGUCUUGCACCUGCCUGGGCUGCCCCCACCUGCCAUACCCUGGGGUUGCCUGGGAAACCCUGCACUGGAUGGAAGGAAGACCUAGAUAUCUUGGUCUCAGCUCUGUGCUCACACUGUGUCACAAGCGUGGCCCAUGGUCCCUCAGUGGUUCACGUGGAAUUCUGUGGGGGCUGAGGAGCACAGAAAAGGGGCUCAGUCCUCACAUGGCAUUCCCUUUCCUCUUGACUUGGGGGAUACCAAGUGCUAGGUGUCUCCAGGGCCGCUCUAAGAGCUGGUGACAGGGACAUGCCCAGGGUGGGGAACUGGAGACACAAUAGACCAUGAUGAAAUAUGGAUACAUGCGCACACACAUACACACACACUCACACGCACAUACACACACUCACACACACAUGCACGCAUGCACACACCCCCUCAGAAACCCAGGUAAACACGUGCAGCACGUGCGUGGCCCCUGUGUGCAUCCACAGCCACACCCAGCCUGGAUGGACACGUGAGCAGGGGACAUCCUUGUAGAGGAAAGAACAUGGGUUCGGAAAUAGAAAACAAGUCUAUUUCUUCGAAAAGUCUCUUUGCAAAAAAGACUGCUUUUGCCACCUAUUGGCUGUGACCUUGGUGAUGUAGGGUAAAAGAUGAGCGGGUACUGCAUUCUCAUCGCAGCUCCCUCUUCCUUCAGCAGGAGGGAACCCCCCCCCCCCCCAGCUGAGUCGGGCCCCCAGGCUCUUGCGGAGCGGUUGCCAAGCAGCAGGUAUGCGAGGCUGCUCGGGACAGCAGGGAUGUGGCAAUGACAGACCAGCUCGUGCCCUUGUCCCUGCCCUUGUCAUAACCUUCACAAACCAUGCCGUCACCGGCUGUAUCUCGUGUGUCGCGACGAGGAGACAGAGUAGACCCGGGGCCAGCACUUUGCGCGUGGACAGCGUGGAGCAGGUGCCUGGGAAGUGCUCGCCUUUGUCCUGCCCGUGGGGGCUCCUCGUCCCUGGGACCACGUUUCCCCCAAGCCUCUUCAUCACGGCCACUUGCCUCCAGAUGAGGGAGACGUUGCCCCACGUUAGCUGGGGCAACCCGACUCUCCGGGGCCACUUGCUAGUCUGCAAGCCUGGGAUGAGGAUGCUAGCACCCACUUCACAGAGUUGCGUCAGGGAUGGAUUACACGGAUGCAGCCUUUAGUUUCCUGGCCCACAGUGAGUGAGCCGGGGGUGGCCGUGGCCCGCGUCGGGCCCAUUACGUGCGUACAUAACGCCAUUGCGAGCGUCAUACGUACACAGAAGACACAUGCUCUGAGGCUUGCAAACAAGCACACGCAUGCACUGUUCUCGCCAGCGAGGUCCCAGUCCUCGCCCCACACUACCGCCCCCCACAGCCAAGAAACCCAGGUCAGAGGCAGGCCCGAGUCUCUCUGAGACUUGGCUGGGGUCCAGGCCGUGGCUCAGAUGUCAGGUCCCUGCAUUAUUGAGCUCUGGAGCCUUUGUCUCCUCCUCGGUUCUUGGUCCUCUCCUCUCCCCACUCCAGCAGCCGAGGGGAGGAGGGAGGGGACAUCUGCUCUGGCUCCCCCUCCCCAUGGAGCACACAGCCACACCUGGGGGCCCGGGGCUCCCUUGUAGCCACAGGCAGGCCUUAGCCCUGUACCAGCACCUCUUUAGAUGCCCUGCAAGCCUGGGCCAGCUCCAGGCUGCCCUGCAGCAGGUGAGAGGGGUAAGGCAUUGCCUCUGAAGGGCAAGGCAGAGGCCUGACUCCAUCGUGUCCCCCCAGGUGCAAGAGAGUCGGGCCUGUCGAUCAGGGCUGGAGCUCCCCACUGUAUUGCUGGAGAUGGAGCGGAGCUGGCGGGCCCAGCAGCAGGUAGGGGCUGGCCGAGGGGCAUGGCAGAGGGCAGGGUGGGCACCCCUUCAUGCCCUGGCACCCCCUCUUUUUGCAGCUGCUGUGGGACUUGGAGCUGCUGACUGGGGCAGGGCUGAGGCUCUUCUGGCCCUCCUGGGCCAAGUUCUGCGGUCUGAGGGACCAGGCCCAGUGUGUACGGAGUCAGUACGGCAAGCCCCAUGGUGGGACAGGCGGGGGGUCCUGAGCGGCGGACCAGCUGGGUUGCUUACAAGAGCCGAACUCCACCACCAGCAGUAUCUUUGGGGACCCAGGAAGCUCUGAAUUCAAGGAACACCCAGAACUUCCAGCAGCUCCUGUGGCCCCCUGGCGCCGAGGAGCCUUGGGCUGGAGAGGAGCGCUCACCCUUCCCGGCCCCCUCGCGUCACUGCUGAAUGCUCAAAGGAAAACGCAAGCCGGCGACCCGC